AUGGAAACCGAGGAACUGAUUACACGUGAGUCCCCGUGGGAUAGGAUUAACAUCAUAUCCAAAGUCACUUUCAGCUGGGUGUGGGGUAUAUUCGUAACGGGCAAUAAAAAGGACCUGGAUUUCGAUGAUCUAUAUAAAUGCGCCAAUAGUGACAAAACGGAUGGAGAAGUGGUGGUGCGAGUGGCCCAACCCGUCCUACUGGGAUAUGUCGUCAGUUAUUUCCAGGGCUCCGACCACAUUAGCUAUGGGACAACGGUGUGGUGUGCGGCCGGUGUCGUGCUGUGUUCGGCCGCCUGUGUCAGCCUUAUUCACCUCAACUAUGCCUACCUUAUGAGGGCCGGUAUGCGAAUGAGAGUGGCCUGUUGUGCCCUCAUGUAUAGAAAGGCAAUGCGUUUAAGCCAUUCAUCGCUGGGACAGACAACCGUCGGACAAAUACUGAACAUUAUGUCCAAUGAUGUCAACAGAUUUGAUGAGUUUGCGUUCACAGUUCAGGCGAUAUUUGUGGCACCAAUUCAGUCGGUGCUUAUCAUAUACUUUCUAUGGGAGCCGCUGGGGUUGGCCAGUCUGUCGGGACUGGCAGUCAUCAUACUAUUCAUACCAUUCCAGGGAAUUAUGGGCCGUAUGUUUCAGACGGUUAGGCGAAAAACGGCUCAUUUGACGGACACUAGGAUUAGACUCAUGAGUGAAAUCAUAUCCGGUAUGCGAGUUAUCAAAAUGUACGCCUGGGAGCAGCCCUUCCAGAACCUGGUGAUCAACGCCCGGCUCAAUGAAAUCAAGCGGAUUAGACACUCGUCACUAUUAAAGGCAAUCAAUUUGUCGUUUUAUUUCGUCGCCUCCCGAGUCAUACUGUUUGCCUGUUUUAUAACAUACGUAUAUAUGGGUAACAAAUUGUCGGCCGAAGCCGUGUUCGUCACAAUGGCCUUCUUCAACAUCUUGAGGACAUCGCUCACCAAAUACUUCCCGCAGGGAAUCGCCGCCACGGCUGAGAUGGUGGUCGCCGUCAAACGCAUACAGAAUUUCCUAUUACUCGAUGAAUUUGAAGGUUUAAGCGAUGGUUACGAUAAAGAUAAUGAUAAUAAAGACACUAAAGUUAAUGAGAUUAUUAUGAGUGUUAAGAAUCCGUUGCAAUCCAUGGAUGCCAGCGAUGAAGGGAAAGGUGUUUUCAUCGAUAAGAUGACUGUCCGUUGGAAUUCGGAAAGUGUUGAACCGACCCUUAAAGACAUCUCUGUUUGUGUCAAACCGGGAGAACUGUUGGCUGUCGUGGGAUCAGUGGGCAGUGGAAAGAGCUCACUAUUGAUGUCAAUCCUGAAUGAGUUGCCGAUAGAGUCGGGUUCAGUGGGAGUGAGGGGUCGGGUGUCGUACGCCCCGCAAGAGUCGUGGGCUUUCAUAGGGAGUGUCCGACAGAACAUUGUCUUCGGCUCUCAAUAUAUGGAAGAGAAGUACAACCGAGUGGAAAGUGUUGAGCCAACCCUUAAAGACAUCUCUGUUUGUGUCAAACCGGGAGAACUGUUGGCUGUCGUGGGAUCAGUGGGCAGUGGAAAGAGCUCACUAUUGAUGUCAAUCCUGAAUGAGUUGCCGAUAGAGUCGGGUUCAGUGGGAGUGAGGGGUCGGGUGUCGUACGCCCCGCAAGAGUCGUGGGCUUUCAUAGGGAGCGUCCGACAGAACAUUGUCUUCGGCUCUCAAUAUAUGGAAGAGAAGUACAACCGAGUGGUGAAGGCGUGCGCUUUGGACAGGGAUUUCAAACGGUUCGCCUUCGGAGACCACACUCUGGUGGGCGAGCGGGGGGUGUCGUUGAGUGGGGGGCAGAGGGCGCGCAUAAGUCUCGCUCGCGCUCUGUACCACUCGGCGGACAUCUACCUCUUGGACGACCCCCUGUCCGCAGUGGACACACAUGUGGCCAAACAUCUCUUCCAAAAGUGUUGCGUGGAAUACCUCAAAGAUAAGGCCCGCAUAUUAGUCACCCAUCAGAUCCAGUUCCUCAGAGACGCCCAUAAGAUACUGGUGCUCGACGAGGGCAAGCGUGUGGCUCUGGGCACGUACGACGAACUCAUGGAGGCCGGGGUUAACCUCACGUCGUAUAUAAGCGACCAAACAGUCGACCAAAACGUGGCUCAGAGGCCGCGACACAGGAGCCAAUCGUUCACACCGUCGAUGGCAUCGAUGGCCAGCACUAUCACCGGCUCUGAACACGAAGAAGUAGGCGAUGCCGUGGAGGAAGUGGAGCCUACACUCAAAAAGGAGACCAAAAUGAGCGGAUCUAUUGACUCGAGUAUUUACUGGGAGUAUACGAGAGCCGGCGCCGGACCGGUGCUUAUGUUCAUCACCUUCUCGUCGAUUAUCAUAUCGCAGGCCCUCUACCAGGGAAGCGACUUCUGGCUCACCAUAUGGACCAAUAAAGAGGACCAGAAUAUAGAGACUGACACAACGUUUAACGUUAUUAUCUAUUCGUGUCUCAUAAUCGGUCUGUUCAUCACAUCCCUGGCCAGGACGACAUCAUUUUUCGUGAUAUGUAUGAAAGCUUCGAUUACUUUACACAACAGAAUAUUCUACUCGCUAUUGAGAGCACCUAUACAUGUGUUUGAGAGUUCACCCGUUGGCCGUAUAUUAAACAGGUUUACCAAGGACACCGGUAUUGUCGACGAGUUGCUACCCUCCACCGCAUUUGAUUUUCAAAUGACCCUUUCGAUAGUAAUCGGGAGUCUAAUAGUGAACGCAAUCGUCAGUUGGUUUCUGGUAUUCCCGGCACUACUUCUGCUACUAUUGGUGUUUAUGUGUCGCUAUUUCUACAUCAGUUCCGCCCGGGAUAUCAAGCGCCUGGAGGGGCUCUCCCGAAGUCCCGUCUAUUCACACGUGAACACAACCCUAUCGGGUCUGACGAGUGUCCGGGCGUUUGGCACUCAACCCAUAUUUGAGCGCCAGUUUGAACGCCAUAUGAACGACAACAGCGGCACGUAUUUCCUGUUCAUCUGUACGUCCCGUGCGUUUGGUAUACUUAUGGACUGGAUUUGUGUGCUAUAUAUCAGCGCCGUUACGGCGUUUAUUAUGGUUUAUCCGGACCUUCCCGGCGGUGAUGUAGGGCUCGCACUCUCAUCGGCCCUAACACUGACAGGACUGACACAGUAUGGGGUCAAGUGUUCGGCAGAUCUCGAGUCCUAUAUGACUGCCGUCGAGAGAAUGCUUGAGUACUCGCGGCUUAAACCCGAGGCAGAGCUCGAGUCGACUCCCGACCGGAAACCCCCUCCCGAUUGGCCACAAACGGGGGAAAUAGUGUUGAAGGAUUUGAGCCUUCAAUACAACGAAACGGCGGAUAAAGUCCUCAAAGGAGUCACUGUUUGCCUGAAAGGAGGCGAGAAGAUAGGAGUCGUCGGCAGAACGGGCGCCGGAAAGUCGUCCGUCAUAUCAGCCCUCUUCAGACUCACGGAACCCGAGGGACAGGUACUCAUCGAUGGCGUCGACGUGCGCACCAUUGGUCUGCACGACUUGAGGCGUUGCAUAUCAAUCAUACCUCAAGAGCCGGUGCUCUUCACGGGUAGUGUCCGCAAGAAUUUGGAUCCGUUUGGCGAACAUCCGGACGACGAGCUCUGGGCGGCGCUGGAAGAGGUGCAGCUCCGGGAUGUCGUGUCAGAAAUGACGGGACAAUUGGACGGACUGGUGGCCGAAGGGGGCAGUAAUUUGAGUGUAGGUCAGCGACAGUUGGUAUGUCUGGCGCGGGCUAUACUGCGAGACAAUCGGAUCCUAGUCUUGGAUGAGGCGACGGCUAAUGUCGACCACAGAACCGAUGCUCUCAUUCAGACCACUAUCCGAGAAAAAUUCGCUAAUUGUACGGUCAUUACAAUUGCCCACAGACUCAACACUAUCAUAGACUCCGAUAAAGUUAUGGUGUUAGACGCGGGAGAAGUGAUUGAAUACGAAAUGCCAUACAUUUUGUUGCAAUCAAGCGAUGGAUUGUUUACUAAAUUAGUGACACAAACGGGAAAACACAUGACUAUUAGGUUGAAACAAAUGGCGAAACAAUACUAUUCACACAAAACGGGACACCAUUUGCAGGAAAGGCAUCCCGAAGAGGAUGAGGACAGUGAGGGUACGGCAGAUAAAGUAUAA